AUGUCUGCAGCAGACAUCUGUUUCAGUUCUAACAAGAGGUUCCUAAUGUCCAGCUUGGUAGCCGGUGUCAUUGCAUCAGGGUCCAUCUGUGAUUCUAGGGGUGACUGUGGGUCUGAGGUAUCCCCCAGGGCUUGCUCCGAGCAUGUGGAGCCCAUGUCUGGAUCAGGCGUGGCGGCCAGCUUUGGGAACGUGGGGCGCUGCAGCAUUGUGCCUAUGUCGCGGAUGUCUUUACAUGCACCUGUAGUUAUUCACUGGGAUUUCCGUCCCAUGUCUGCCGAGGGCUCGGAUGUCCCAUUCUACGCGAGCGGUGUGAUGAUAGAGUACACCGCGUUGCCCAGUGCUUACUCAAAUGCCUCGUAA